AUGUCUUCCGGGACACUUUACGUCAAAGACUCACGCACCGAUGUGCAAUAUGAGAUACCGAUUCGGAGGAAUGCAGUUUCAGCACUGGAUUUCAAGAAGAUCAAAGCUCCAGGGAUUGGAACCGAUCGGGCAGACCAGGUGGCUGGUGGCCUCCGAGUGCAUGAUCCUGGACUGCAAAACACUACCGUUGUGGAAACAGCUAUAAGCUUCUCAGACCAUGAGAGAAACCUGCUUCUUUUCCGGGGUUACAGCCUGGAGCAGCUCUGGGAAAGUGAUUUUGAGGACGUGUUGCAUUUGCUGGUCUGGGCGACGUAUCCGACAGCGCUCCAGAGGAACGAUCUGAGCCAUAAACUAACAGAGGCUAUGCUAGCUGUACCAGAGAGUGUGCAAAGAACGAUUCAGAGUCUUCCGACUUCGUCCCCGUUGCCGCUCAUCAUUGCUGGCCUUUCCGCCUAUCUAGCUAGCCAUCCCGACAUGAUUCCCACAUCCCGUGAUGCAAACCUGUAUCGAAGUAAUGAAGUUGCUGACCGUGCAAUUAUUCAGACAGUGGCAGUCUACGCUGUGGUGUUUGGCCUUGUGAACAGUCAUCGAAAAGGAGUGCCGUUCGUUCCGCCAACGCAUGGGAAAACAUACUAUGAAAAUCUUUUCACAAUGGCAGGUCUUGUUGACCCGAACACCGGUCGACCGGAUCCUGUCAAGCUGUCAAGUUUCCGGCGGUUUGCCAUGCUCAAUUCAGACCAUGGAAUGGCCUUGACUGUCUUCUCCGCCUUGACCACAGCGUCAUCCUUGACAGACCCAAUCUCCUGUUUGAUUACUGCCAUUGGAUCAGCGUGGGGACCCCUCCAUUUUGGCGCCACGGAAUCGGCCCAGCGGACAUUGAGGGAGAUUGGCAGCUCCGAGAAUGUACCAGCAUAUAUUGAAAGAGUCAAACAAGGACACGAGAAGCUGUUUGGCUACGGACACCGCUCGUACAAGGGCAUUGAUCCUCGAGUGCGACCAAUCCGGUCUAUGCUAAAGGACAUGGAUCUGUCCUCCAACAAGCUGCUUGAAGUAGCCGAGCACAUCGAGAAGGUUUGCUCGGAGGAUGACUACUUCAAGAAGCGGGGUUUGUACGUGAACGGCGACUUUUACGGAAACUUUAUCUUUGCAGCAAUUGGCUUCGAGCCGGAGAUGAUCCCGGCGGCGAUGCUGGCCCAGCGGAUCAUGGGGAUUAUGGCGCAUUGGCGGGAGUACAUGCUGACACGCGGCAAGUUGUUUCGGCCAUCGCAUAUCUAUACGGGGGAGGCAGAGAGGCUGCUGCCAAAGAUUUGAGACGAUAAGUGAUAAGUAGAGAAAUGAAGG